UUUCCCGCGCUUAUGAAUCAUUGCAUCACCACACGAAGAGAAAGCCACCACAACAAAGACUAUCGAGGCUAUAUUUUCGCUUUAAUAGAUUUUCUUGCCGCGAUUUUAGGCAGAAAUAGUUCAGAAUGCCAGGAAAACGUAGUAGAAGUGGUUCACCAAACUCCAUUGAUGCAGAAGGACGCUCAUCACCUUCAAGACAAUCCGGUAGAUCACCUCCUACAGCUAGACGUCGUGUAGGAGAUGUAUCAUCACCAGCAACACUUCAACCAUCAUCACCUUCAUCACCACCUCCAAUGACUGCUAGUGAGAAUGGUAUGAGUUCACCUCUUCAUUAUGGUACACCAAGCUCAAGAAUAUAUAGUACACCAAGUGGAACACCUGUUGGAACACCUGUCCGUCAACGAAGUGAUAUUGGUAGCCAUCGUAGAGUGAGAGAAGUUUCGAUAAAUGAUCCUUCGAGUGACAGAGUUGAAACAUCGGGUGGACCAACAAGUGAAGUAAACAGUGGUCCGAGAUUGGUUAUAUGGGGAACUGAUGUAGUUAUCAAAGAAACACAAGAUAAAUUUAAGAAAUUCUUACAAGAAUUUAUUGAUGAAGAUGCAGAAGAAAUGGGAGAUGAUUUUAUACCGAAUGAAGCUCUAUAUUUACAGAAAUUGGAGGAGAUUCACGUAUUGGAACAACCAUUUUUAAAUGUGGAUUGCAGUCAUAUCAAAAAAUUUGAUCCUGAACUUUAUAGACAAUUGGUAUCAUACCCACAGGAAGUCAUCCCUGCAUUGGAUAUGGCUGUUAAUGAUAUUUUUUUCUCAAAAUAUACAGAUACAGAUCUCGAACAUCAAAUUCAGGUUAGAACUUAUAAUGUGGAUCAAACAAAGAAUUUGAGGUCUUUAAAUCCUGAAGAUAUUGAUAAUCUUAUAUCAAUCAAUGGAAUGGUUGUCCGUACUUCAAAUAUUAUACCCGAAAUGAGAGAAGCUUUCUUCAGGUGUUAUGUUUGUCAAUCAACAACAACCUCUGAGAUUGAUCGUGGUAGAAUCUUUGAACCGUCAUUAUGUUCAAAUUGCAACACAAAUCACAGUUAUGCAUUAAUCCACAACAGGUCGCAGUACACUGACUUACAAAUCAUUAAACUACAGGAAUCACCAGAUGACAUGCCUGCUGGUCAGACACCCUAUACCAUUACUUUAUUUGCCCAUAAUCAGCUGGUUGACUCUGUACAACCAGGGGACAGAAUAACUGUUACAGGAAUUUAUCGUGCAACUCCUGUGAGAAUGAAUCCAAGACAGAGAAAAGUGAAGUCUGUUUAUAAAGUACAUAUAGAUGUCGUCCACUUCAGGAAGUCGGACAAAAAACGUCUUCAUGAAAGCGAUCCUGAUAGCGGAGUACGUUUUACACAAGAAAGAAUUAAUAAACUGACUGAACUCUCCCAAAUGCCCGAUAUUUAUGAAAGACUUUCUAAAGCACUAGCUCCAAGUAUUUAUGAAAAUGACGACAUAAAGAAAGGGAUUUUAUGUCAGCUGUUUGGAGGGACAAAUAAAGAUUUCAGUCAAGUUGGAAGAGGAAGAUUUCGAUCAGAUAUUAACAUUUUGUUAUGUGGUGACCCAGGCACAAGUAAAUCUCAACUUUUACAGUACGUUCAUAAUCUCGUUCCUCGGGGUCAAUACACAUCCGGUAAAGGAUCUUCUGCCGUUGGUCUUACUGCUUACGUCACCAAAGAUCCAGACACGAAACAAAUUGUUCUACAAACCGGAGCCUUAGUUCUCAGCGAUAACGGUAUCUGUUGUAUUGACGAAUUUGACAAGAUGAAUGAUAGCACAAGGUCCAUUUUACAUGAAGUAAUGGAACAACAAACUCUGUCAAUUGCAAAGGCUGGUAUAAUAUGUCAGUUGAAUGCUCGAACAUCUAUUCUAGCUGCAGCCAAUCCUGUCAGGUCACAAUGGGACUCUAAACUAACGACUGUAGAAAAUAUUCAGCUGCCUCACACGUUACUCUCCAGGUUUGACUUGAUUUUCCUCAUGUUGGACCCUCAAGACGAGGCUUACGAUCGUCGUUUAGCCAAACAUUUGGUUUCUCUGUAUCAUCUCACUCCUGAAGAGAAAGAAAAGGAAUUUGUUGAUAUGAGUAUACUGAAAGAUUACAUUGCUUAUGCAAGAACUUACAUUCAACCAAGACUUGGUGAAGAAGCAUCACAACGUCUUAUUCAGGCUUACAUUGAAAUGCGUAAAGUCGGCAGCAGUCAUGGUGCCGUUUCUGCAUAUCCACGUCAAUUGGAGUCGUUGAUACGACUUGCAGAAGCUCAUGCUAAGAUGAGAUUCUCGACCAUUGUAGAAAAUGUGGAUGUUCAAGAAGCAAGAAGAUUACAUCGCGAAGCACUUAAACAAUCGGCGACCGAUCCCAAGACAGGUCUUAUAGAUGUUAAUAUUCUAGCGACUGGCUUGAGUGUUGCAGACCGUCAACGUCGUAUAGACAUCGCUAAAGCUAUUAAGAUUAUGCUCCAGUCUAAAGGAAAAGCUCCAAACAUCGACAUACAACGAUUGUUUGACGAUUUUCGUCAGAAUUCGGACGUGCCCACAAGUCGUGAUCAGUUUGAUGAUGCAUUACGCCAUUUAAAAGAUGAAGAUUUUCUCAUCAUUACUGGGAGAACAAUUCGUCUUAUUACUUGAUAAAAUUAAAUCCUAUUAAAAGCA